AUGACUGUCAAUACAACAGUUCUCGACGCACUCAUCGUCGGCGGCGGGUUCGGCGGUGUCUACCAACUCAAGCGUCUCCGUGAAGAGGGUUACAAUGUCAAACUCGUUGACAUGGCCUCUGACUACGCGGGCGUAUGGUUCUGGAACCGAUACCCAGGUGCUCGAGUUGACAGCGCCAUACCUCACUACGAAUUCUCUGACCCCGAAUUAUGGCGCGAUUGGAACUGGACGCAACGCUUCCCUGGCAGCGCUGAGCUGAGAGAGUACUUCUCCUACGUAGCUGAGAAAUGGAAUCUCCGCAAGGACACAUUCUUCAACACGUAUAUCUCCAAGGCUGUUUGGAACGAAGAAGCGAACAGAUGGGAAAUCGAGAGUAAGGACGGCAAGAAAUUCGUCGCGCGAUACUUAUUCUUAAACACUGGUUUUGCGGCCAAGCGACACACGCCUGACUGGAAGGGUAUCGACAAGUUUAAUGGUCUCUGGAUCCAUCCUUCAUACUGGCCUGCAAAGGAACCUGAUCUGAAGGGCAAGAAGAUUGCUGUCAUCGGAACAGGUUCCACGGGCGUCCAGCUCGCACAAGACCUUAGCCAAGUUGCGAGCCAGUUUGUGCUCUUCCAACGAACACCCAAUAUGGCACUCCCCAUGAAGCAGAUCGAAUAUUCUCGAAACGACAAGUCGAUUUCCGAAGAGCGUUAUAACGAGGUCUUCAAAGGUCGACAUGCUAGCUUUGGUGGAUUUGACUUCAACUUUUAUCCCCGCGACACUUUCAGCGAUGAACCCGAGACGCGUCGUGCAGUAUAUGAAGAACUAUGGACCCAUGGCGAUUUUAAGUUCUGGCUUGCGAACUACCAAGAUAUGAUCUUUAGAGAGGACUCCAAUGCCGAGGCCUAUAAGUUCUGGAAAUCCAAGGUUCGAUCUCGCGUCAAGGAUCCUCGUCUCCAAGAGAUUCUAGCUCCAGAGAAACAGCCAUACAGUUUCGGCUGCAAGCGCAUUUCUCUUGAGAACGGUUUCUACGAGAUAUUCAACCAACCCAACGUCUCCUUGGUAGACGUCAACGCCACGCCAGUCGUUGAAGUUACAGAACGUGGUAUCAAGACAACUGAGAAGGAGUGGGAUUUUGACGUUGUAGUCUGCGCAACUGGUUUCGAUGCCAUCACUGGCGGUCUGAAGGAUAUCGACAUCCGAGGUGUUUCGGGCGUGAAACUCGCUGGUAAGUGGGAGACUGGCGCGAAAACGUACCUUGGCAUGGCCGUUGCUGGGUUUCCGAAUAUGUUCUUCACAUAUGGACCACAAGCACCGACGGCUUUGUGCAAUGGCCCGACAUGCGCUGAGUCACAGGGCGAGUUCAUUGUCAAGGUUAUGAAGUACAUGUCGACCCAUGGCCGUCACAAGAUUGAGGCCCGUGAAGACGCAGAGGCUGAAUGGGGAGCCAAGGUCCGGGACAUUGCUAGUGCUUCUCUUUUACCCAGCACCAAGUCGUGGUAUAUGGGAGAUAAUAUCCCAGGCAAGCCCCGCGAGUGCUUGAUCUACCUCGGCGGUGUUCCAACUUAUACCAAGACGCUGAAAGAUUGUACUGAGAAUGGCUUUGGGGGAUUUCAGCUGAAAUAG